CGCCGCCACUGCUGCGGGGGCACAGGGGCAGCGGGGGGCGCAGCUUCGGCGCGGCGCGGCCCGGAGGCUAGGGGGCUGUGCCAGGCCCGAAGCCGAGGCGGCGCCGGGCCGCCCCCGCCGCGCCCACCCACCCGGAAUGCGGCGCUGAGGCCCAGCAUGGCCGGCCCAGGCCCCACCUUCCCGCUGCACCGGCUCGUCUGGGCGAACCGGCACCGUGAACUGGAGGCCGCGCUGCAUAGCCGCCAGCAUGACAUUGAACAGGAAGACCCUCGGGGGCGCACCCCCCUGGAGCUGGCUGUAUCGCUGGGGAACUUGGAGUCCGUGAGAGUCCUCCUUCGACACAAUGCCAAUGUGGGCAAAGAGAGCUGCCAGGGCUGGGCAGUCCUCCAGGAGGCAGUCAGCACGGGGGACCCUGAGAUGGUGCAGCUGGUACUCCAGUAUCGGGACUACCAGAGGGCCACGCAGAGGCUGGCUGGCAUUCCAGAAUUGCUCAACAAACUCCGCCAGGCCCCCGAUUUCUACGUGGAGAUGAAGUGGGAGUUCACCAGCUGGGUGCCCCUCGUGUCUAAGAUGUGCCCAAGUGAUGUGUACCGUGUGUGGAAGCGGGGUGAGAGCCUGCGGGUGGACACCAGCCUCCUGGGCUUUGAGCACAUGACCUGGCAGCGUGGCCGGAGGAGCUUCAUCUUCAAGGGCCAGGAGGCAGGAGCCUUGGUGAUGGAAGUUGACCACGACCGGCAAGUGGUGCACACAGAGACGCUGGGGCUGACCCUGCACGAGCCAGAAGCGCUGCUGGCCGCCAUGCGGCCCAGUGAGGAGCACGUGGCCAGCCGCCUCACCUCUCCUAUCGUCUCCACUCACCUGGAUACUCGCAAUGUGGCCUUCGAGAGGAACAAAUGUGGUAUCUGGGGCUGGCGGUCUGAGAAGAUGGAAACCGUUAGCGGCUACGAGGCCAAGGUGUACAGUGCCACCAAUGUGGAGCUGGUGACACGCACACGCACGGAGCACCUCUCUGAUCAGGACAAGUCGAAGAGCAAAGGGGGGAAGACUCCAUUCCAGUCCUUCCUUGGGAUGGCCCAGCAGCACUCCUCCCACAAUGGGGCUUCUGUGCAUCAGGCAGCCAGCUCCACAAACCCCACAGCCAUUUCCCCCGACGAAUACUUUGACCCCAACUUCAGCCUGGAGUCGAGGAACAUCGGUCGCCCCAUUGAAAUGUCCAGCAAAGUGCAGAGGUUCAAGGCAACACUGUGGCUGAGCGAGGAGCACCCACUCUCCCUGAGUGACCAGGUGACGCCCAUCAUCGACCUGAUGGCCAUCAGCAAUGCUCACUUUGCUAAACUGCGUGACUUCAUCACCCUGCGCCUCCCCCCUGGAUUCCCGGUCAAGAUUGAGAUCCCCCUUUUCCACGUGCUUAAUGCCCGCAUCACCUUCAGCAACCUGUGUGGCUGUGACGAGCCACUGAGCUCAGUGUGGGUGCCGGCGCCCAGCUCUGCCAUCCCGGCUUCAGGGAGCCCCUUCCCCUGUGAGGUGGACCCUGCCGUGUUUGAGGUGCCCGAGGGGUACAGCGUGCUGGGUGCAGAGCGCAGUGAGCCCCUUCGUGACGAGGACGAUGAUCUGCUGCAGUUUGCCAUCCAGCAGAGCCUGCUGGAGGCGGGCACGGAGGCAGAGCAGCCUACAAGGAGCAGCUUCAGCUGGAGCGGGCCCUCCAGGAAAGCCUGCGGAUGUCCACAGAGCCCAGGGGUCACAGGACGCCCCCUGUCCCGGCUUCCCCCAGCUUUGAGGAGCAGCUUCGCCUGGCCCUGGAGCUGUCUUCUCAGGAGCAGGAGGAGCGGGAGCGGCGGGGGCAGCAGGAGGAGGAAGACUUACAGCGGAUCCUGCAGCUCUCGCUCACAGAGCACUGAGCCCCUAGCCCCUGGGAGGGCUGUCCGGGAUGCUCCACCACCCACUUUUGUAACUUAUUUAUUUAUAAACACUCUGCUGCUGAGCUUGGGGCCUGGAGCCCCAGGGUGGGCUUUCUUUGGAGACCGAGGUGGAAAUAAAGAGACCCUCAGCAGCAGGCUUGCUCUGCUCAUUCGGGGAGGAGGGGAGAGGCACAGGAGGCACUGAGGGGAGACACCGUGGGCAGUGGCCUUAGACCUGGGUUUGAAUCGUGGCCCAGGCUCCCUUAGCCUCUCUGAGCCUGUUUCCUCACCUGUAAAUGAGACCGCCUCCCACCCCCAGAGCUGAUGGGAGGGGAAAAUGAGCUGACAACUGUCAA